GGAUCUUGCUAGGAUAUUUUUGUGGCAACUGUAUUGCAGGUAUGGUGCUGUCUCCCUGACUCGGGAACAGGCACCGAAACAAGAGGCUAAACCUGAACUAUGCCUUGGAGUAUCUGGAGUUGCAUUUACAGGACAUAAUGACUGCCUGUGUAUUCUUUAGUGGGUAAAGUGUAAUUCACCCAAAUGGCUGUCAAAAUUCAUGGAAAGAAUGAGUUUGAAUCAUGCCAAUACAGUAUUUAAAUAAGAUUUUAAAUGCUACAAUGCUUUAGUGACACAAAAUACAAUGGCACUAGUUUGUUGUGAUGUAAAAUGUGCUCACAGUAGGAGUUUUGCACCACUGGAGCUUCAGCAGUGAUUGGAAAAUUCUGUGGAGUCACAGCUCAUGGAUAGAAUGCUUUUAGAUAAAUAUAGUUGCGGUCACGGAUGGAGAGGACUUUGCUGGGAUGUUGCCAGCACCUCAGAAAUGAGGGUUUGUGCUUAAAUCACAGGUGGGGAGCUUACUGAUUUAAAAAGGACUCCAGUGCCUCAGCUGUGUGGCAGGGGGAAGUUCAGCAGAUAACCAAUUGCUUGAGAACUGGUGACUAUAAAGAAUUUGAAAGACUCGGAAGAACAAAUCUAGUUGCCACAAGAUCAAAUCUGAAUUAAAUGGCUGAUAAACAAAUCAGUUUACCUGCCAAGCUGAUCAAUGGAGGCAUAGCUGGGCUAAUUGGAGUCACCUGUGUAUUUCCUAUUGACCUGGCAAAAACUCGCCUACAGAAUCAGCAGAAUGGCCAGAGAAUGUACACAAGCAUGUCUGAUUGCCUCAUUAAGACAAUCCAUUCUGAAGGAUAUUUUGGCAUGUAUAGAGGGGCUGCAGUGAAUCUGACGCUAGUGACUCCAGAAAAAGCCAUCAAACUAGCUGCCAAUGAUUUCUUCCGGCAUCAUCUGGCCAAAGAUGGGAAGAAGCUGACACUAAUGAAGGAAAUGCUAGCUGGCUGUGGGGCAGGGACCUGCCAGGUGAUUGUCACCACUCCCAUGGAGAUGCUCAAAAUCCAGCUGCAGGAUGCAGGCCGAAUUGCUGCUCAGAAGAAGCUAAUGGCAGCACAAGCUCAGUUAAACCCUUCCACUGGUGCUGGGGCAGCAGAAUCUAUCAUGGAGACACGAACGACAGCAAUGCAAAUCACAAGGGAUUUGCUUCGGAACAAAGGCAUUGCAGGACUUUAUAAGGGACUUGGAGCUACAUUGCUAAGGGAUGUACCAUUUUCCAUUAUUUAUUUUCCAUUGUUUGCAAACCUGAACAAACUGGGACAGACGGCCCCUGAUGUCAAAGCUCCAUUCUAUGUAUCCUUCCUUGCUGGGUGUCUGGCUGGAAGCACAGCAGCUGUAGCAGUGAAUCCUUGUGACGUAAUCAAGACAAGAUUGCAGUCCUUGCAGAGGGGUGUCAAUGAGGACACAUACUCAGGGAUAAUAGACUGUGCCAGGAAAAUCUGGCGGAAUGAAGGUCCCAUGGCUUUUUUGAAGGGGGCAUAUUGCAGAGCCCUGGUCAUUGCCCCGCUAUUUGGUAUUGCACAAGUUGUCUAUUUCAUCGGCAUUGCUGAAUAUAUCCUAGACAUGCUUCCAAAGUGCCGGAAUUAACCCCUCUCACCUCUCCCUAUCCAAAUUGGAAUUCAUCGUAGAAUUCUUUGUCAUCGUGGUGUCAGAGCAACAGCACAAAGGAUUAAAGUAGUAACCGAGGGAAUGAAUGUUGUCUCCAAACAAAGUUAUUUUUCCUCCAGUCAAUAUGGCCCCUCCGUUAUGUCAGGGAAGAUACCUAAUUAUGCACAUCUCCUUUUUAAUUAUAAAUCUGAAAGACACUGGUUAGUAUGAUUUUUCUCUUAGCCAGGGAAAAGUGAAUCGCCCAUGAAUGACCAUGAAUGACCAGCACAUCAAGAAGGAGAAAAGGACUUAUCUCCCCUACCCCAUCCAUUCUUGGUUCCAGGCCACUGGGGAAAACAAGGGGCUGGUUCCUAUUAAAGGAAGGACAGUUUGUCCUCUGAAAAAGCGGAUAAUUUCCAAAAUCAAAAUCAUUUGUUUUUAGAUAGGUCUGCUAAACAUCCCUUCCCCAAAUUAGCUGGACUUAAAUGAACUCUUUGGAUAUUGAAGGAGGAGGGAAAGGGAAAGGUGCAUCUUAUAUUUACAUUUUAUAAAAGGGACUGCCUUCCUAAAUGAGUGUGCAUGGGCAAAAUGUACUCCCUGCAAAUGUACACUCAACCUUUAAGGAGCAGGCCUGUGGAAAUAUGGUGCUGUCCACUGUCAUGAACUUGCUGUGAGCCAUUGUGGUGGGGAAAAACUGAAUAAUUUUGGGAUCAAUUUUUUUUAAAAAAAAUUAUGAUGGAUUUUUUAAAAAUCCCUACCCAGUAAUACAUUCCUUUCAAUCAGCCUGGCUGAGGAUGGUGAUGCUGCUGUUCCUAGUGUUUCAGUUGUCUUAAGUCUUUUGACUUGUACCUGUAUUCCUUUCCUGUUUUCCUCUGGGAGCACAGAUGCCAAAGGAUAAUUUGGAAGAGCUGAUCUCUGUUGUGGCUGUAAACACUGCAAAAUGCCAGAUGGUAUAGAAAGACAGCUCAGCUGAAAUCAGUGGAAAUAAUCUUGCAUGGUUUUUGAGGUUCAAGUGCACCGAAGUUGAAGAAUUUUGCUGUAUUCAUGCCAGUUGUGUUACCAGUUCAUUAGUCAACUUCAAUGAUAAUUUCUUUAGGGGUGUCAACUAAUUUUCUUAUUCAGACUAAAACUGACAGCUGAAGAUGGUUUGUGUGACUGUUACCUUCUACAGGGACUUCCAUAUCACUAUGUUCUCUCUCAGAGGUAGAGACCUGGUUGCCUUCUGUUUGUUUCAACAGUUACUUAGAGAUAACUUUGCUUUGAUGGAAGAGUAUCAAAAUCAAUGACAAUACUGGUAAUUUCCCUUUUAGUUCCAUGUCCUGCUUCUCAGGUGCUGACAUAGUGCUGUUUGCAACUCUGCAGGGCAAUUUUUAAAAAAGUUUUGCAAAUUCCUUUUGUUUGGGGGGGGGACCUAAUUUUGCAGGAAAACAUGUUUUAGGAGGCUUUUUUGCCUGCAACUUGGACUUUGUCUUCUUGUUGCUGUGCCUCUGUAGAUUGCUUGAAAUGAUACUUAUAUCCUAUUCCAAGAAAUGAAUUUUGUACACAGCUGCUGUGUCUAUUCACAUUUGCCCUUGGUGAUGUCUUCAAUGUUACUGAUGUUUAUGUUGCUGUUGGCUUGGAUGGUCAGAUGCAAAAGAGGUGAGGGGCUCUUGCACUUUAAUAGUUGUGUAGAAGGGGGGAAUUUCAGCAAAAGACAUUCCCUCAUCUACAUAAUUAUUAAAAGUGCAGGAGCCCAUCUUUUCUAUCUAGCCACCCUGCUGCUGGACCGUUUGAACAGCAAGGGAAAGUGUUUUAUGUAUUUAUUUUUAAAACAUGGCACGUUGUCUAUGGUACAAAAUACAAUGCCUGAAAAAUGUUGGUUUUAAAGGGUUAUUUCCUUGCUUGCCUUGGAAAUGAAACAUUAGAAUCUUUCUGUUUUGGAAGGCUGACUGUAGGGAUGAUGGUGGUGACUCACAAAAUAUCAGGGGGGAAAAGCGGAGACUGGUUUAUCACAGGAGCUACAUUUAAUAAUUUAAUUUGGUUCAUUUCUUGCUGCUUUUUCAUCAGUGUGAGUCCCUGUUUACUUUCACAUCUAAUCGUCAUUUAAAAAUCUUUUGUAAUGCCAGUCUCACUUGAAUGACCAAAUGUCAUUUUGAAAAAGGAAGACCUUAAAGGACUCACUGCCCCUAUUACUACCAAAUAUAAUGACAUAUUUGAGCCCACUAUAAGAUUGCAGAUUUUCUAUCAAGGCCUGGAACAUUUGCAAUGAUGUGCUUUGGUAUUUCUGAAACAGACAUCAAACAGUUCUUUGGUGUUUUAAGAAGCACAACUGUCAGGAUUAGUUUUUGCACUUUAAAAAGCAAAGAGCAGCUGAGGCCUCAUUUUUAAGCAAUCCCUUGCAAAUCUUUAAAAAAAAUUUUUUUUGUCAAAUGAAAUGGGACCUUAAAUGUAAUCUGUAAUGGUAUGUGUGAGAUUUAUGGUUUGAAGCUUUAUUUUAAUUACAGGUAAACCUUUGCCCAGGUGAACGCAAGGGUUUAUGUAGAAAAACUGGUAUAAAGAAAAUAUCUGUGCCUAAAUAAAAUAUGUUCCAGUUAGCAAUGCUGCUGCCACUAAGACAGCUGCUGCUUGCUUGCGUGCUUGGGAGUUUUCCUACUGAGAUGUGGAAUAGCCCUGCUGCUGGUGAAGGGAAAAGGCACUACUUUUUUUCAUAAAUACGCUUGAGCCCCAAUUUUAGUAAAGCAUGAUGAUGUUAGUAAAACACGGUGAAUAAUAUAUUAAUCCAGCCCUUCAUACUAUCUGUCAAUUGAAAUGUUUAAUGCUAGUGUUUGUAUUGCUGAAGACUUAGGAUAUGUCUGCACUGCAGGCAUACACCAUUCAAAUUUUGUACGUCGCCCAGAGUGACUGGUUAGCCAGCCAGAUGGGCGACUAAGAAAUCCAAUAAAUAAAUAAACAAAUGUUUUGUUUUAAAUGUUGGUUGUUCUACAGCAGUGUAGAGAAUGCUCUAUUAGAGGUCCUUGUGCCUUCAUGGAACCACAGGUCCCUGUGUUCCUGUGAGCAAGCCGUGAAUCAUUUGAAUUUACGAUGUAGAUAUACUCUUUUAACACUGGAGUUUUGUCGCUCCUAAGGACUUAUUGGCCAACCUGUCCACAUUUUUAAAAAAUAAAAUAAAAUCUAAUGAGGUCAUUUCAGGCAUAUGUCUGUGAGUGGUGGAUGUCUGCAAUCUAGUUAUUGCUCCGAUAAAUUAAGGCUUUCAGAUGUAAGGGCCAAGGGCCUUAUGAAGCCCUUGGCGGUCUGCAGUGUGGCCUGCAGCAUCCCAGCACAUUCCACAGAACGUAGAGCCUAGGGCCCUCCAGCUAAUUUGAGUUUGAUACUCUAGCUAUAGAUGGUGAUUGUUUAAAACUUAAGUGUGGAGAGUCUUGCAUUACAAUCCCCAAUACUUGUCUUAUGCCAUGUACACAUAUAAAGCUUUGUGCACUCCUGUUAUACCUAAGACCACACCCUUUUAUUCUUACCUAAUUUGAAGUAAUACUUAGAUGCGUACUCACAACCACCAAUGAUAAUUAUAGUCCCUAUUCUAACCAUAAUCAUGCACUGAAAUAAUAAACCACAUUUUAGUCUCUUAGUGUACCAAGAGGUAGCAACUAUCUUAGCCAUUCCAUACUAACUGGGAAGGAAGUAGCUUUUGAGGACUGUAACUCAUGCAUUAAAUAGGGAUUAGUGGCAUCAGUCUGUGUCAGGAGUAAAACAUUACAAGUUUUUAACUACACCUAGUUAAACCUCCUUUAACUUUAGUUAAAGGAAGUUCUCGAGACCAAAUGAUGCAAAUAUCACUGAACAAGAAAAACGUAAUGUCAAACUCUUCUUCAAUUCUAAAAAUUGUAGUCCUUUUAAAUAAAAAUGCAUACUUGGAAAAGAGUUGAGGAUCCUGAGGUUCACAGCUCAGGAUUACAGCCUAUCUUCACACAUUCUCACUUAAAUGUGCCAGUGAGGGGAAACGUGCAUUAUUAUGUUAUUACAGGAAAAAGUUGUUAUGUGGUGACUUUUCUGUGUCGUUCUGUUGUGAAAUCUUUUCUUUUCAUGAAUGUUGUCCCCUGGAUGUGUAGCCACGAGUUAACAAAAGUUCAUUUUUGAUCAUUCUUCAGCAUAUGGUCAUUCACCUGAACAUGCAGUCUUUACUCAGGCAUGCUUCAGCAGAAAAUAUUUGCCCCAGGCAAGAGUACUGUACAAAGUCCAGCGUGUGAGGUAAAAACAAACAAACCAGAGUUUAGUUCUACUGUGUAACAAAUUUUUAUUUUCUUUAUUUAAUUUAUUGAUAAAGUCAAUGUUUAAAUACCAUAGUAAAUAAAACAGGUAAUUAAUAAAAUGCAUUCAAAAACCCAUUUAUGUCUGGCUUGCCUCUUAUAUGUAUCUUAUCCUAGGAAAUUCUGAAUGUAGCAACCAGAUACAAAAUAAAAUGCAUUGGCUUUUUAUUUACACAAUUGAUUUUAAUUAGCUAAUCAUUGUAACAUCACUAGGUCUUGGGGAAAGAGUAAACAAUUAACACAGCUUUUCUCUUACUAGAAACUGUGAUCUCAGUAAUUCUUACGAAUCACUGGACUUUUAAUGGCUAAAUGAUUUGACAGAAAAGCCAUUAUCUCAUGAAGUUUGUGUACUGUGGACAAUUCCUAGGCAUACGUUGUUUCUAAAAGACAUCAUUUUUAAAGCCUGUUCCUAUUUUUCACUCCCAUUUAUAGCUCUCAUUUUAAGCUCCAAUUUUAAAAGUUGACUUCACUAGGUUGCACCUGCAAUACAAACCUAAAACCCAAUUCAGUCUAUCAAAUGAAUGUCUAUGAUAGUGAAUAUGUGUUCCUAGUCUUCAGCUAGAAUGGACUGUUCCUCUCUCUUUAGAUAUGGUAUCAAAAAUAGGUUGUUUACUGACUUUUAUUAUAACCCAAGGCCCAUUAUGAGGUACUGCUUGGAUUUAUAGAAGCAGGUGUAUUAUAGCUGACUUUUAUUCCUGCCACAGAAAGAGGUCAUACUGGUGCUUCAUGUUUCCUCCUGUCUGAAUCCUAGGUCGAGAAGAACAGAUUUUGGACAUUUACUGUCUUGAACUUUGUCCUCUUUAAGACUAGCAGAUGUAUUGUGAGGUAGAACUUUUUGAGAUACAGUUAUGUUUUUUCCAAGUUAUGUGGGAAGCAGCCAUUAUAUACUACUGUCAAAUUUUUGCAAGGGUUCAUGGUGCUAUAGUCAAGCAGGAAGAGAUUGUUGCUACAGAGCAACAUGAAUCCAUGAGAUACAACUAAGAACCAUCUUGAGAGGCUUGUGAGCUGGUGAAUCAACAUAGAUUUCUGCUUCUGCACCUCAAGAGCAUACAAUUUUAUAAAACCUUUAACUGGAAGAAGUGUUUAUGGUUGCUGUAGGUGUUGAUUCAUAUGAUCUUGUGUUAAUGGAUGGACACACUCAUAUUGUGUGUUGCUUUUCUCUUUGCUAUUCUACUACAAAAUAAGUCGGGACAGAUGUUAAAGGAUCCGCCUCCCGCCCCAAAAGGCAAAUGCCAGGCACUCACAAAGAAUUCACUGUAUUGUUAACUUACAGUACAAUAGUAUACAUGUCUACUCAGAAACAAAUUUCUUUGUGUUUAAUGGGACCUACUCCACAUUAAGUGGGUACAGGGUGUCAGCCUAGGCUUUGGUUUAGGGUUGGCCCAGAGGGAAAAACAGCUGUAUGAGGCAGAAAUUCAACAGGUUACACUUUUUGUAGCAUGGAAAUACAAUUAUAGGGAAAGCUUCACUAUGACAGUACUCUUAAUUUAGUGUUUAUGUCACACCCCCACAGCAACCAUUUUGUGACUGGGACUUCCAGCACGCUCUCAAAAUUUGAAAUAUACCCACUAGUCCAAAAUAGUUGGUGACCCCUUCAAUAACUUCAUAUGCACCAGAUGAAGUGGACUCAAGUCCAUAAAAGAUUAUUUCUUGGUCUUUGAGGUGGUACAAGACUCCUUGUUUUUACUUUAUCUAAAUAGGCUUUCAAAUAACUGGUGCAUUACACAUAGGGUUGCCAGGUUCAGGGCAUGAGACUGAUCCUAUAUCUUUAGGAGAAGAGAAAGUCAAGUGCAGGUGUUCUUGCAACACUGUAAUGAGAAAAACCACAAGGUGGAAUUCUCCCUUCCCCCUGCACAACUUUUAAAGAUACAAAAGACUGCAAGAACACCUGCACUUGGCUGACUUUCUCUUCUCCUAAAGAUACAGGAUCAGUCUCAGGCCCUGAACCUGGCAACACUAAUUACACCAGUAGUAAUUAAAAGUGCAAUCCCAUAUGUCACUACUCAGAAGUAAGACCUGCUGAUUUCAGCAGAACUUACUCCCAGUAAAUGUAUAUUGGAUUGCAGCCUAAGAAGCUGCCUGUCAUAAAACUGUUUUUAAGAUUAGGAAUGUAUGCUACAACUGAUAGGUUUGAUUUAUAAAUGCAAUCCCUCUCCCCCACAAAAAAAAAUCAAAAAGAAAAGUCCAGGGUUCUGGCCAUUUAUUUUCGCAUUCUAGCAAGCUAGUUAAUAUUUAGGAUAAUCAUAUGACCACUUUUCAGAUUAGAAAGCUAAUACAUAGUGGCUUUUCCCUUGAAUAUCCACAUGGUCAAGUACUGGUCUUCCAGAAGUAGUCAUGCAUGCACCGAUGGGAGACUUUCAGAAAACAACAUACCAAGUGAGAAACGGCCAGAUUGCCAUUUCUCUGUGAACGUUGCGAUGUGACUUGGUGCUUUGAAGCUUAGUAUUCUUCUGUUGCAUUUUGAACAAAGCCUAAGGAUCUAACCUCAUUAAGGCUCAGUUUCCCUCACACUAGCGCCAUCCAUUGUUUCAUGCUCAGAGGAUGUGCCCUGAAUAUGAAAACCAUGUGCUUGUAGAUCCAGGUUGGAAAUUCAAAUUUAUUUUACAAUGAAAAUUAACUGGCAUCAAUGGAGAAAGGAACAUGUUGUGUACUGGUUAGAAUACACGGAAACUGCAAAAUAAAUAAGUUAUAUAUGGUAUGAGUCUUCUUCCUCAUCUAUUUUUUUUAACUUCAACCACACACCGUUCUUUGUUUUUAAAUACUGAUUUUCAGCUCCAAUGUUUCCCCUACAAACACGUACACAGCACGCAUGCAUGCACACAGUCCCUCCUGCAGUGUGUUUGCUUGGUUUGAAUUCUGUUCUGCUUUCCCACCUCACCCUGUCUGCAGCAUAUUGGGAGGCAAAGCCAGCAUUCCACUGCCAUGCUCCCUCGCCUCUACUGCAAUCAACUGCCAUUGUUUGUUCUCAGAAUCUUCCAGCUGUGCAUGCAACCUAAUGAGUUUUUUCUUUCCUGUUUUCGUAUUGUUAAAAUAGCAUGGUUUUGUCCCCUGAAAGCCAUGACGUUGCUAUAUGCCUUGAUGUUCCCCAUCCCUAUUGCCAGGGACCCGCUCUUGCCCUUGGCUUAUUUUGACACCCAGUCAUCGCCUCUCAGCCUCAGAGGGAGGCAAUGGUAAACCCCCUCUGAAUACCUCUUACCAUGAAAACCCUAUUCAUAGGGUCGCCAUAGGUCAGAAUUGACUUGGAGGCAGUCCAUUUCAUUUUUUUAUCCAUAUAUGAAAUGCCCUGUUUUUAAAAAUGAAGGGAGUGAUGAGAUUCUGAGUCUGUACUGUGACUUUUUUAAAUGGAGGAAACCAUAUGAGAUUGCCUCACAGGAGCUCUGUAUUUGAGUGUUCUCCUUGUGCUCUUCUUGGAGGUAUUACGGAGAUCCAGGAUAUUUGCUAGUAUUAAGGGAAAUUGGUUUUGAGGUUUCUCCAAGGUAUUUGUGUUAGGUUUUCAGCUUUCAGGCCAUGAAUAGCUGUUCUAGAUGAAGUUGCCCAGGUAAAGCAUAACAUAAGGCUCACACUGGUCUGACUGUAAGCUGGGUUCUUCACUGCAGCCAGUCAACAUUGAGAACAGCAGAGCACUGUCUUUAGAUGGGGGGGGGGGUCUAGAAGUAACUGCAAUUUCAAAAGGACCAAAUUAAGGUCAAAUACUCAGUGGUGAGAUUCAAACAUAAAAAUAAUUUGUAAUAUGCCGUAAGUUAUACAAAAAGUAUUAAGUGCAUUAGAUAAACAAGUGCAUUCUUUAUAUAUCAGUCUCACAUAGCGUACAAAUUGUCAGAAGACAUUAAAGUAUGAGAGAGAAAGCACAACUAAUUAAGAUACACCUUGACCCGGAAAUCAAAAUCCGCUUCAAAUGGUGAUACAAGAUACUGCAGUUCUUGAUUCUUGUUAACAAAAGGGAGAAACAGAAGCCUUAUUGUAGCAAAUGAUCCCUCUUGGAUGUGUGCAUGCUGAGUUAGAGCAAGUACAUUCUUAAUAUGUGUCUGUAGUGUAUAUCUUGGCUUAUGGAAUACUGAAAAUUUAUGUUUGUUUGUAAACUCACAUUUGAGUAUUUGACUUUAACUCAGUCUCUUUGAAGUUGUAUUUUGUUAAGAAGAGUGGAACCUCUUUCUGGUUUUGAGUACCUAUGCAAUUUACACAGGAAGCUGCCUUCUACUGAGUCAGACCAAUGGUCCCUUGAGCUACACUUGACUGAUUGCAGCUUCCUAGGGCUUCAGAAAAGGAUAUUCCCAGCUCCACCCGGAGAUGCCAGGAACUGAACCUGGGACCUUCUGUGUGCAAAGCAGAUGUUCUAGAACACUGAGCUAUGGCCCUUCCCUACAUAACAAUGAGAGUGGUUUCUCAUGUGAAUUUAGCUAUUAAUGUUUGGGUAAUUCUUUCUCUGACUGUUGCUGCUUUUCACUGACACUACUAAAUACUUAGUGAUUUUGGCUUGUUUUUCCCCCAUUUGGUGGAAUGUAGAAGGUAGAAGUAGCUUGGAAGUUAGAAGUUGAAGUAGCUUGGAUCCAAAGGUCCAUCUCAUGAGUGGAAGGCACUCUGUGUGUGCGCGCACGCUCAUAUGCAUGCACUGACUGUUUCUAAUAUCCAGUGGCAACCGCCUUGUACUCCUUGACAAGCCAACCUGGAGGGUUCCCAGCCUCUGGAACCAGUUUAUGAACGGGCAUGGGGACUGCAGAUGAGGGAGAAUUAGCCUCUCUGAGGAACCACGGAUAAGCUGUGAAAAUGUAACUUGCUGGUACUUCUAGCAAUGCAGUCUGUCACACGUUGAGGAAAUGUAGCUCCACUUGACUGCCAUCUUUCAGUGACUGCAGAAGUGAUUGGAUGCUGGGGAAGGUGGAAUUAGCAGUUUGAAUUCACCUUACCUGGAACACAUGAAGAGAGAACACAACAAAGCGUUGACUGGACUGUGAAAUAGUGCUGAUGCAUUCCUAAACCUUGUUUUCUAUUGACAAAGUGAAUUGUCUUUGUGGAACGCACAUGCGACGCAGUAAGCUCCUAGUUUGUUGAUGUGCAGCCAUCAAAACCUGAACUGUUGGCAAUGAGCAUGAUUGUUUUUUACAGCUGUCAUAUGAAGGCAGUUCAAAAACAUACUGAGCCUGUGCAUCAAUGUCUAUGUAUUUAUUUAAUUUAUAUCCCAUCUUUUCUCCAAGGAGCUCAAGGGGGUUUACAUGGUUCUCCCUUUCCCAUUUUAUCCUCACAAAAAUCCUAUGAGAUAGGUUAGGCUAAGAGACAGCGACUGCUCUAAGGUCACCCAAUGAGCUUUGUGGCUGAGCAGGGUUUAAACCCUGGUCUCCCUGGUCCUAGUCCAACACGCAUGUGGCUAUGAUGUGUUGAGUUGUUUGGGGGAAAGCAGCUACAGAAAAGUGUGAUUGAAAGUCCUAUGUACAGGUUCUCUGUUGUUUUUAGUACAAGGAUUGAGGGAUGUGAUGUACGAGGAGUCUUGAGCUGAAAACAGGCUAAGGAGGAUGAUAUGGGUGGAAACAAUGUGUGCAGGGAAAAUCUGUAUGGAAGGAUAUUAGGAAAAUGAAAUGAAAGGAGACUGUUUGGGGGAACAAGGGAGAAGCAUGAUUUCCCCCUCUUUGAAUAGGAUUAGCAUUGCCCCCAGCCCAGUUCUAAACUGGCCUGACUUUGGUUUGUAGAAUUGCUCACCUUUUACUGCUUAAAGAGUUAAACUAUUUGUCUGCAUCUUUAUUACAUCUGUGUGUGCUGAUCAAUAAUAGUUUAGUCUCCUUAUGUACUCCAUCUGCAAAAACAAUGUUUGAAGAUGUCAGGAAGACAAGGUGAAAAGCCUUGGACCCAAAUGGGGCAUCUGCAGAAGACAAAUGUCUCCUUACACUGAGGACCAGACAGGCAGUUUCAGCUCCCAUAAUUGGGAGCCAAGGGUGUGUGUCUAUAGAUUUGUAGGCUUGAAUGCAAUGAAGCUUUCUCUUUUGUUAUGAUUUCUGUUUGAUCCCAGUUUCAAUGCUCAGGCAUUCUGUUGACUGGAGAAAAGCCCUGUGCCAGUCCAGGACUUAAGUCCUAAACUGGAAGUAAGGAAACAAUACCUAGGGGCUGGGAGGAGAAGCAUACUGUACUGACCUUUGUUUUUUGUAUGAUAUUCCCCCUUACAGACUGUGACAUGUUUUAGAAUUUCCUCAAUCUGCCAUGUGGACUAGAAUGUUUGCUGUGUGAUUUGCAGAAAUAAUGUGCUCUGAAUCAGCCAUGGACAAAUUACUCAGAUGGUAUAUCUCUAGUUUCCAUGCUUCAGUCCCUGUUGUUCUAAUUGUUAUAUGUCCUCCUUUUUUUCAGUUUUAUAGUAUAACUAUAAUAUCCUAAUUACUGUGGUGCUGACAAUUAUUUGUGGGAAAGGAGAAGGUUGAUAUGUGGACUGGUAAAUGGGCUAUGAGUAUUCUUCAUGCCUGGGCAGGGGAAAAGUUGACCAUGGAGGACCGAUGCUCACCUCUAAAACUGCCCUUGAGGAAUUUUGUAGAGGGAAAUAAUGGAUCUGGGAUAUGGGCAUAUGGUACCCAGAAAAGGUAUUGCAAUAAAACUUAAAGAAAACUGAAUUGUUAGUGAAUUACUUUCUGACUCAAGUUUCUAUGGGAAUGUUAACUCCCCCCAUGUCAUUCCAAGAGUAGGUCCUAGAAUAUAGAAUCUUACUUUUUGGAAGUCUCUAGGAAUUGUGUGUGUGUGUGGGGGGGCAUCCUGCAAGGGUGUUAAAUGUUAGAUUUCCUUCCAUGUAGCUGUGGGUUGGACCAAAUAUGACUAUUCUUGGUCCUCCUUCAACUCUGUUUUUGUCAUUCAAAGAUGCUGAUUAAAUCCAGCAAUUACAUCUUUGUCUAGUAUAAUGGACAGUUUAAUUGCAGCUGCCUUACAGUGGUGGGGGAUCAACAGCCUGAAAUAGUAUUUCCCUAAUUCCUGUCUGUCCUCUCAAACAUGAGCUUCAUAGAAUAUACACAAGCAAUGCAGAACCGAGAAUGCACCAUGGACAGGACAGUACCCAAAAGCCUGUCUGGAAAAACAGCUGGAAGUCUUGAAUUUAAAUGUGUUGCUGAGUUACAGCUUCACUGAGAGACUAAAACACCAUGUAUUUUUAAUGUCUCCAAAGGUCACAUUUCUUCCUGAUUAGCCUGUUUCUGUCUCUUCUUUUUUUUCUCUUCACAAUGUCUGAACUGCUUCUCUACCCACUCAUGAAAUCAAAUGUCAGAAACUACUGAGACACAAAGCAAUCCCAUAAGGGUGCCUGACCCACUUCUGUAAAAAUGCAUCUGUUUGACAUUGUUGGCUUUUCUUAUUCUAUGGGUCUUUACACAGGGGUUGCCAUGGCUUUUUCUCCCACAGCUCAAACCUAGGUUUCCCCUUUCCUUGCCUUUGCCAAAUGUUUGGCAGGUGUACUUAUCAGCCGUUCAAACACUGAGUUCAAUUAUCUCUUUUGCUCCUCCCACCAAUCUUUAGGUGAGCUAGAUGCCUUUAAAAAAAAGCCAGUGCACAAUUGUUCAUUUUUAUUACUACUACUACUACUACUACUACUACUACUACUACUACUACUACUACUACUAUUAAUGAAAAUCAUUUUUUAAAUUAUGCAACACUACUCUUGGGAUGAGGUCACACCACAAACACCAGCCAAUCUCUAUUGUGUACAGUAGAUUUCUGUUGGCAGAUCUGAUUUCUCCGGAGCUCAGUUCUGGAAAGGGAAUUGUAUGUCUGCAUACAACAUGGUAAAUGUGCUUCUCUAGCAGGUCAACCAUUUAAACAAUGUAUGUCUGUAAACAACUUAAAAGGUGUUGAUUUCUUACCAUCAUUUUUAAUAGCUACAAUUGAAGCACAGUUCAAGGACCCAGCAAGACCUUGCUUGUCAAGUCUUUUAACCACUCUCCUGGUUUCCAUCAGCUAAACUGGAAGAAUAGUUAGUUCUAAUUCUUGUUUAGAAAAAUGUCGCAUUUUAAGCCUGAGUCGAGAGCUUUAGGAUUCAUAGACUCUUUGGCAAACAAAGAAUCAAUCAGCUUGCAAUAUAAAUUAGAGACUGUGAUUCAAAGUCACUUGAAGCUGGCUAAAUGUUUUUUAUUGAAUCAGGUAGCUGUGAUGCAGAAAGCACGUUUAGACAUUGCACAAGGAUGUACAUGUAUGCACAAAGUGAUCUGUGAAAUGAAAUAAUGCUUAUCUCUCUUGUUGGAAGCAAAGUCAUUCUAAUCAGUUGAAUACUAUGAGUGAAUGUGCAGAGUUCAGGAAUGGGGAAACUUGUGACACUUCAGUUGUUGGACUCAAAGUUCUGUCAGCCCCAACCAGCAUGGCCUAUGAUCACCAAUUAUGGAAGCUGUAGUACAACAACAUCUGAAGGGUCACAGGUUCCCCAUCCCUUUCCUAACUAGACAUUUAACCUUAAAUCCCUGGACAAUCCAAAUGCUAGUAAUGUCCUUAUGGAAACUAGUAGGAUCUGAAAACCUGUUUUCUACAAAGUGUGUAUCUAGUGAACAUACAUUUCUGUAGGGUUUUUUUUUAUGUGCUAAGUUUAGCUUCCUUUGUGUGGCUGCAUUUAUGUAAGGGUGUGCAUUGCUGAAUGUUCUUGUGGAUGGAAAUGCUUUGUAGUUGUUCUAACACUAUCUGAUUGCUCUUGUUUUAAAAAAGCUUAAAACCUAAAAUUGGUAGUCACUGAAUUCAUCACUCCAAUGACUUCAGUGAGCUUCUUUGGACUAUACACAGCAUCAGAGGGGCAGCCAUGCUAGCUAUUGUUCUUUUCUUUGCAUCAUUAGCCCCUUAUGACAUCUGCUAUCUCCUGACUCCUUUUCUUACUUCCCCAAACAAGCUUUUUUCCCUCAGCCCUCACAGCUGUUUCCUCGGUGACGUGAACUGAUGAGUGUUUGUGGUUUCAUGUCCAAAGCAGUGCUGGAGAGAUGGGUGUUAAGGUGGUAACAUUGCUUGUAAAAAGCUUUCUCAUUAUUACUCCUAUUUAUCAGUGCUGACUGCACUCAUGGUAUUUUCUGGUUUUGUCAUGUGCCGUUGACAUGCUCUGAGGGCUCAUAAGAACUUCCAUUUCAAAACAUUCCCUCUUCUUAGGUUCUAUUUUCUUGGUGUAGUUCCUUGAUCAGUAACAACAAAGGGGAAAGACCCUUUGGGUUAUGUACCCUUAUCAUAGAUCCAUUUCAGUAGUGCUAAUCUCUGGUAACACUGUGUCUGACUGGAUUAUUUUCAUUUUAGGUUAACUAUUUAUUUGUCGGUAUGAAAAAGGAUUUUCUUGUCAGUCAUCUUGACUGCCCAUAUGUUAAGUGGUGCUUCUAAUAAUGUUUCAGUUUGCAACACUGACCAUUUUGUAUGUGUGUGCCAUUUUUUGUGAGGUGCACAGUCCCUGAAUGGUGUGUACCAGUUAACACCUUUAUGAUGCUGUAUCCUGUUGCCGCAGGAAACCUGGACAAUUAUUGUACUGUUUUCUGAAACUGCUGCUUAAAGGCAAAAUAAAAGAGAUCAACAUUUUUUCUCUUGGGAGUUUUAAAAAUAACGUUUUUGUGUAUUGUCAUGUAAAAUAAAUAUUCUAAAU